AUGUCGGUAUGGCGCAGGUGGCACAUGGACGCUGUUACCGAGUGGAGGUCCGCAGCGUGCCCUUGUCUCGUUCGCUUUGCGCAUGGGUGGCCGAGGGAGGCAGCACACGCGGGAGGCUCGCCGGCGAAGUUAUUUUCUUCGUAUUGGGCGAAUGUUGCUUCACUGAGCGAUCGGGAGCGGGAUUUUUUUGUUCAAUGCGUGGAGUACAUUCGUUACGGCGUGGACAUGAGCCCGACGCCAUCGGUGGCGCGAACGGUGAAUCGCUUGGCGGAUGUUGUGGUUGCCGGGUGCGUUGGAUCCGGCAAAGCCGCGGAGGGUGUGACGGACACGAUAUGCGAUGUUGUACUGAUGCCCGAUGGCAGGCCGUGCAUGGGGUGGUUCUUGGACGGGUUUGAGUUGUGUCACUACUCGGCUGUUGUAGCGGCGAUGGAGGAGCGUUGGCGUGUUUCUGCAGGCUCCUUGUGGGCACUAAAGGAGCGUGGCAUUACCGCACAGCUGAAUUCGAUGACUGCGUGGAACAGGCAGGAGAGUCUUUUCGGCGCAUCGGAGGGGUGGACCGCGGAAAGAAUGCGUGCCUGCGUCUCGAGACACGUGCGCUUCGCGGAUAGGUACACAUCCUGCACGGAAAGAAGUAUCGACAGGACGCAUCGUUUAUCCUUGUCAUUUUUGUCCUCAUCCACGAACACGACUCAGGAGCUUUUUUUAUUGGCACUGAAAAACUGCAUGACAUCCGUAGAGGAACUGAAUUCCAAAAACAGCAACGCCACUUAUUCGACGCUCUGCCGUUCCUUUGGCUGUUUGUUGACGUUGAAUAUGCCACAGUUUGUAGAAUUUCGUUCCCGUGUGCAAGCGCUUGGUGUGGCACUGUGCGCCCCAAAGUGUGAGGAUGCAAUAUCUCAGGCGUACCAGAGUCUUGUGCGAGAUGCAUUGGACGUCGUGAAUGGAAGAAUGCCUGCGCCGCCUGCGUCUUCUGUUUGCUCCGCAUUGACUAGCGCCGUACGCAAACUUCUCUGUGACUUAACCGAUGUGGAAAAAGCACUGGCAUGGUUUCCAAGGGUUGUUGCACUCUGCCUUGUGGCUGUUACUCCGUGUGGAAGAGACGAAGGCAUCCGCUCUGCAGUUCUUGCGCUCCCUUCAAUCGAGAAGUACCUGGACGCGUGUGAGGCCGCUCUUUUGCAACAACAUCUUUCUUUUGAGAAGCCGAGGGAUGUAGACGGGGAAGACUCCUCUCGGGGUGAUUUGGGUCUGGUGGACAGUACAGCGUUGGAUCGUGUACUCUGUGGAGAAGCCUCCGCUCUCAUCCUUGGCGAUGACGAGGUCGCUGGAACGGGUCCGUUUUGUCCCGACAUUAGUGGGGCGUGGAUGCCAGGUGUGGGAUUCGAUUCAUCGUUUUAUGUGUCGAAUCUUCUCGCCGCCUGCGACGCACUUGCAGGCAUGCUUGGCGUGACGGAGUCAAUUCAAUCUGCACAGUCGGAGUCUCAGCGGGCUGUGCAUCGGUUUCGACACAAACUUCGAGUACAUGUUCUUCGUCGAUUUGGAUUUGUGAAUGCCUCGAAGUUGUGGGGGACUCCGUUUAGUGGCAGGGCGCUGCCUUUUUUAAACGCUCUGUACGUUUCUUUGCGUCCCUCAGAAAACAUUGCGGUAUUUCGCUUUAGAAAUGAUGCGCAAAUGCCGCACCCUUUUGAUGCCGUUGGGGAGCCUUCUCCCCUGUUGCAGUCCUUUGUGACAAAACACCUUGCGGUUCCUGGAUCAUCUCCCUGCUUCUUUGCGGAGUGUGGCACAGUGCAGGAGCUGAGGGCGUUGGCGGCUGAGACGGAGACGGAGACGAAGAAGACUCUACGGUGCUGCUUUGCACCAAGCGCUUCGGGGAGAAUCUUUUCUCUUGAAUUUGUCCCGCGUGAUCAACUUUUCUCUGAUCUGGCGGCUGCCGCAACGAUUCGGCUUGAGAAGGCGCCUGAAUCUCGAUUUGUGGACGUGGCCGCUCAUGUGGAGGAGGGUCGAAUUGUUGUGCGUUUGAUAAAUGAGCCUCAUUGCUUGUGA